AUGGUCCACAGCGACCACAUCUACUCCCGCCUCGUCAACUCCCUCGCCCCGAUGGUCUACGGGCACGAAAUCGUCAAAAAGGGCCUCCUUCUCCAACUCAUGGGCGGCGUGAGCAAAACCACGCCCGAAGGCAUGGCGUUACGGGGGGACAUCAACAUCUGCGUCGUCGGCGACCCUUCCACAAGUAAAUCCCAAUUCCUGAAGUACAUCACGUCCUUUCUGCCACGGUCGGUGUACACGUCUGGCAAAGCGAGUUCUGCGGCGGGUCUGACGGCCGCGGUGGUUAAAGAUGAGGAGACGGGGGAAUACACGAUUGAAGCUGGCGCCUUGAUGUUGGCGGAUAAUGGGAUCUGCGCGAUCGAUGAGUUUGAUAAGAUGGAUUUGGUGGAUCAGGUCGCGAUUCAUGAGGCGAUGGAGCAGCAGACGAUUAGUAUUGCGAAAGCGGGCAUCCAAGCGACGUUGAAUGCGCGGACGAGUAUUCUGGCUGCGGCGAACCCGGUGGGGGGAGGUAUAAUCGGAAGACGACGCUGA